AUGCCAAGAAAGGCUCCUUUUAACGUAAUAUUCGCCUCUAGUGAGGAUGAAAAAUUCAGAGCUAGUGAAUUGGAUGAGCAUGGACCUACCGUUAAGGGAUGGCAAUCUCACAGGUACUGUCAAUUUCCUCAAGAAAUAAUCUUUAGACUCCAUUAUCCAAUAACUUUGACGCAGGUGCAGAUCUUGGCUCAUCAGUACCUGAUACCAAGGAAAUUGGAGCUAUGGCUGGGACCAGAAGAACACGAAGAGACAGAAGACGUUUCAGAUCUCAACUUCGGCUAUAUCGGAUACAUAACUCUCAGUGACAACAAAAAAUCCAGCUACAAGUCAAGGGAACUAAAAUCAAUAUCCGUUCCUGAUUGUAAACCAACAGCAUACGUAAAGCUUAUGCUCGAAUCCAAUCACGAAAAUGCUCACAACAAAUAUAAUCAGGUAAGCUUGGUUGCGGUUCAGUUACUAGGAGAGAGCAAAACUGGACUCAAGGAACUUUCACCUUUCGACGACCUUUCAUUUGAAAUGUAUGUAGAUAAGGAAGUAUCUAACAUUAUUCGACAGAUGGAAACUAAAAAAGAAGAGGCAGUCAAAGCGGAACGAUUCAGAUAUGCUGGUAAACUGAAGUCUGCAAUGGUUGCUUUACGAGAGGUUGGCGAAAGAUUAGGUCGUUACGAGGUUAGUAAACAACAGGCCAUAGCUAAUGAAGACUACAGCCGGGCCAACCGCAAGAAAGAACAGAUGGACCUUCUUAGAUCGGAGGCAUACGCUACUCUCAAUAUCAAUGAUUUGCUUGAAGAGGACGGGAUAAUGACAAAGAAUGAUGCUGCAGGAAACGAAAUUUUGGAAGCAUCAACCCCAAGUGAAGAAGCAGAUACUCCUGAAGUUUGUCCAGAUAACAUUCCUCCACCCGGCGUGUAUCAAAGCCCCCUUUCACCUUUGAGAUACACCUCUCCUCCGGUCAGAUCAACCAGGUCACAAUCUUCGGUUGUUCAACCAAUCCGAACUGGCUCCUUGAGAAAAAAGAAGCAGCCAAGAACAUCUUAUGAUCAGUAUGAUGACAGAAUAAUACCUGCUGCUCAAAGAAGUAUAAAUGAGGAAAAAGCAGUCGUGGUACAUUCUGCCGCCCUCAAGAUGAACGAGAGAGAGAAGAAACAGGCAGCGUUGCCAAUUUCUGUCUUUGGUAUAUCGUUGGUUGAGAAGUUUUACUCGAGGCAGUACUCAGACAAGGAAGAAGGUGUUCGAACAUUAGAGUCAGUAUUAAGGAAUGGUGGCCUAGAGGGUAACAAGAUAGCUCGUGGAGCGGUAUUUCUUCUUCAUAGAGCUCUUCGUGAUAAGGUCUUUUCUGUUUACAGUAUGGCAUCAAGUGCCGUCGAGUAUUUCUUUAACAGCUUUGUCUCAUCCAGAGUGUCUGUGUCCGAGAUGAGUAGAAGUGUUGAGAAAAUUCUUCCAGAGUUACUUUCUAAAUCAGGAGAUGUAACUCCAAGGAUACACAACACUGCCGUUCAUACUAUACUUAGUAUGGCUCAUGCUCCCGAACUCAGGAAGUUGAACCUUAUUCCUGUCCACAUUACAAGACCACUUACUUCGUCAACGCAUCCUCGCCUGGCAUUGUCAAGAUUGGAAAUCGCAGAGCAGCUGAUUCUCAGCAUAGGGAUAAGCACGGAUAAGAACAGUGGUAUGACAGCGAGGGUUCUAGCGGAGUUUGGUGCUAGCGGCCUUCAUCACCCAGCUGAAGCUGUACGAAAGGUGGCAGAGCGAGUUUUGGUUUUGGUAUACAGAGUCAACCCAAGAAUGGUGCGAAAGCAGUUACCUCCAGAUGAUGACAUUACACGCAGGAAUCUUCUAUAUCGCCAGCUGAUGAGAGAAUUUGAUAAGAUAGAUCUCCAAAUGCAAGAAGCCAAGAAGGACACUCCUAUUCAAAACAAUAAAAAGUUAAUGAGGUCUGGGAGUAUCUCUGAACCUCAGGAAAAGUAUACCGACAAAAUGACGAUGAAGUGUUCAACUAGCUGCUACAGUGCCAAUCGAAUUCCCAGUCCUAUCAGUCCACCGUCCUCAGAAAGCAGGGAUAAGCAAUGCAUCUUCUGUUUCCGCACUUCUGACAGUUUCACAGAGGAAGGUUUGAACAUUCACUAUUGGAAAUACUGUCCUAUGUUGACCAGAUGUAACAGCUGCAGUGAGGUUGUGGAGAUCCCGUCCUUGAACAGUCAUGUUGAAAGUGGGUGUAGAAAGUCCGGAGACAGAGAAAAUUCCGGAGAAACAAGAUGUCCAUUCUGCAGGAUACUGGUAGACAAUACAGAAGUUGGCUGGAGGAAGCACCUUGUAGAUGGGCGAAUCUGCUCAAAUCAUCCAAGAGCUGCCUUCAUUCAUAGAGGUAGUCCACCUUUAUCUGACUCUUUUGAAUAG